GUGUCGAGCUCAAGUAAGCAUCUCUCAUUCAGCACCAGCAGCUUCUUCCUCCCUCACUCAUUCGCACAUCCUUCGUCCGUUUCACCUCCACUCAUCACCAUGUCGAGCUGCGACUGUGACAGGAAGACCAGCAAUGGAGGAAACUGCGACUCCAGCUGCAAGGAGUGCGAGCCAACUUUCGUCUUCGAAACCAGCUCAAGCCCCAAGAUGGUCUACAGCCCGGUAGUGUUCACUUCCAAGGCAGCAGGAGUGGAAUCCGUCGUGGCUUUCUCAACUGACAUCGGGCAGUAAUAUGGAAGGUUCUCAGCUGUGGGCAUGCGAGAGGAGAUCACAAGUUGCAGAUCCUUAUAAAAUGCUCCGCAAAGUUGAUGCUCAAUUGCAUUAGUGGUCGGAACCAAAGGAGCAACCGAAUGUUCUGGUUUGUAAAGAUAAUCCGUGGCAUGUAGGCCAUUUAAAAAUAGCAACCGGAUAUUCUGGUCUGUAGAGGUAAUCUGUGGUACGUAGGCUAUCCUGAAUUUGUGAUCCGAGCACAAAGCGCGCCUGAUUUGUGAUAAAUAAUUGUAAAGCUGUACUUUUAUCUGUAACUGAUCAUCUCGCAUCCUAGGA